AUGGACAAGAAUGCUUCUUUGCUUCCUUUUGCAUAUCCAAAGGUUGCAUCUUGGACAGGAGAGAAGAACCAUGAUUGUUGCUUCUGGGAUGGAGUCAAGUGUGAUAAGGAAUCCGGGCUUGUAAUCGCACUUCAUCUUAACAGUAGUUGUCUUUAUGGUUCUAUCAACUCCACCAGCACUCUUUUCCAGCUUUCUCAGCUUCGAAUCCUUGACCUUACUGAUAAUGAUUUUAAUCAUUCCCAAGUCCCUUCUACUUUGGGCAAUCUAUCACAAUUAAAAUAUCUCAACCUUGAGUGGAGUGGGUUUGCUGGUUCGAUUCCUUCAUCAAUCGGUUUUGAGCAACCUCCUGCUGCUCUUCCAUUGUUUCGUCUAAAGAUCUUAUUUCUUGACAAUAACAUGCUACAAGGGUCACUUCCAUUUCUGCCACCAUCCAUUCUAAAUUAUGAUCUUCCAAACAACAAACUAAGUGGAGAAGUUUCACCGUUGUUUUGCAAUUUAAGUUCCAUUCAAUAUAAUAGUUUGGGCCAUAACAAAUUGAGUGGUAUGCUUCCUGCAUGUUUGAAAAACCUGAGCAAUUCUCUUUUAGCUUUAAGUUUAGUAAACAACUCUUUCUAUGGUAGCACUCCUGAAAUCUGCAUAAAUGGAAGCCAGCUUAUUGUGGAAAGUGCCAGCUCAGCAUAG